UAUGCCAAAGCUGGAGCAUGAUACUACAUGUGAUAAUCAGAGGGCACUUAUGAGGUGAAAGGUGAAUCAGAGAGUGCUGCUCCCCCAGGUUUGGCUUUGUAUCAAAGUGCACAGUUUGGGCUUCAGCCACCACACUGGCUCAAAGUCCCAGGAUGAUUUUCUCUGUAAAAUUCAAUUUAUUAAUCCAAAUGCUGCCCAGACAUUACUGGGGAUGAGUAGGUGCUCAUCCUUAGCUGUCUGUGCACAUUCCACUCUUCACUUUCUCCAUCAGCUGUUGUGCAGCUUCUGGAUCACCCCUAACAGUUACUGCUGAGGAGCUGAUCUCCAGCAGCUCGUGUGGGAUCCUGCCUGUAGACUGGGUGCUGUGCUUGCAACUCCUCUUUGGGGAAUCUUCUUUUUGGGGUUAAAUGAUGAAAAUAUGAAUUUACUGGGCAGAAAUGCUGGUGUUUCCUGUGUGCCCAAAGCACCCAGGGCAACGGGCAUGAGACAAAACAAAAAGGGCUCUCCAAGAAACCAUUCCUUUGUGCAUGGAGACAGGGCAUGGCACCAGCUUGGGGAAGUCUGCAGUGAAACGAGAACCCACCGGCUGUUUCCCAAUUACAGCUUCUGGGCAAAGCCACCUGAAUGCACCAAUGCUCCUGCUCAGAACAGGAAAGGAGAGAAGGCUCCAAGUCCAGGCCUUCUAUGUUGCUGCAACACAGCCAAGUAUUGAACCACUUAGCUGUCAGCAGGUCUCCUUCUGCCAGGAACAGAGUAGUGCCCUCCUGUGGAACAGGAAAAAACACUUAACUUAUCCCAUCUUUGCCAAGAGCUUUGGUGUUGGAGCAGCCAAACCCAACAGACUCCAGAACUACUGGCCUGCACUGGAGGGCUCCAGGUCCUGCCCAUGGUGUGGGGUGAGUCCCCAGAUGUCCCCAGAGUUUCCCAAAUCCAGAGGGAUCUGUCCUGGUUUCAGGCUGUCCCCAACACCUGGGACACAGAGAGAGCCCUGUACAAAGGGGCCUUUGGCUCCUUGUCAGGAAUGUGGUGGCAGCCCCAGGAGCAGCUGGGAGGUGAGAACUGGGGCAGUGUCUGAGACUGAGCCAGGUCAGGUCAGUGUUCAUCUGGAGGGGUUUGGCCCUAUACACUGAGUUUCAGCAGGAUCAGGGUCACAGAUGCUGCAUUUGUGCCUCCUGGGAGUUUCUGUCCCCCCUGGAGAUUUCCUGCUGGGAUUUGGCAGCACAGGGAGCAGAAUUAAACCUGCACUUUCUGUGGGCAUUGCUGGCCUUUGUCUCCCUGUUGUGCCAUCAGACCAUGGGAAUUUGCUGCUGUCACUGCCACUGCCACCCCAGCUGGGGGCUGUGUCCUCCUGGCAGCCUUGCCAGCCCCAACACGAGCUCCAGAGGUGCCUCUGUGCUGUGUUGGGAGUGUUUGCUGGGAAUGUGCCUCAUCCCUGGGAGGAUCCUUUUGCUCCUGGGUGGCCAGACAGAGCUUUUGGGCUUGUCAGCUUCAGAGUUUGAAGGAAGAA